UCACCUCAGCUCUCUGCUACUUUUUCUGCUAAUAUGGCCACCACCGCACCAUUUACAAGAGUCAAUAAUAAGCUACAAGACAAGGUAACCAUCAUCACCGGUGGUGCUGGCGGCAUCGGUGAGGCUACCGCCAUACUCUUCGCAGAGCACGGCGCACGCGCAGUAGUAAUUGCCGAUGUCCACGAUGAAAAGGGUCAACAACUUGCUGAAUCCAUUGGCACCGAUCGGUCAACCUACAUCCACUGCGAUGUAACCGACGAGAAUCAAAUCAAGUCUCUGGUUGAAUCAGCUGUAAAUUUAUACGGCCGACUCGAUGUCAUGUUCUGCAACGCAGGCAUUUUCAGUUCCAGCAUGCAUAAUAUUCUCAACUUGGACAUGGCUGCCUACGAGAAGCUCUUUUCCAUCAACGUCAGCGGAGUAACUGCGAGUGUAAAGCAUGCAGCACGAGCGAUGGUGGAGGGAGGCAUAAGCGGUAGUAUCAUUUGUACGGCAAGCAUUGCAGCUAGUUCCGUGGCGGACAUGUAUACAGAUUAUGUGAUGUCAAAAUGUGCAGUUUUGGGGUUGAUGAGAUGUGCCAGUAGGCAGCUGGGCGAGUAUGGGAUACGCGUAAACUGCGUCUCUCCAGGCCCGAUUGGGACUCCGAUGUUGAUCAAGGCGCUAGGAGUGAGCAAUCAGGAGGAAGUAGAGAAGGCUUAUGAAUCACAUUAUCCGUUAAAAGGUGUUUUAAAAGUGAAGCAUGUGGCCGACGCUGUAUUAUUUCUUGCUUGCCAAGAUUCUGAAUUCAUCACUGGUCAUAAUUUAGCUGUAGAUGGUGCUUUCAAAAUUUGAAAUGUCGAAGUCAUGACAAAUUUAAAAUGUUUUUUCAUUUUAGAGUUUAAUUCACAAAUUCAUGUGAUUUGUUAUAUAAAUGAAUACUUGCAUAUCCUCUAAUGUAUAAAAUAAAAUUAAAGCAAAAUGGACUUAUAUAUUCAUAACCAUACAUUGUUGUCAA